UGAGCCGCGACGACUCGGUCAGCAGCGCCUGGGCGGAGGAGGUCGUUAUGCCCAGCGACAACAAGAAGCAGGUCACGUGCAAGGUCACCAGCCCCGGCCUCUCCGCGCCGCUCGCCACCCACGCCGCUCUCGACCUGCUUUUCCCCCCCCUCGACAUCACGGGGUGGACUACCCCCUCGAGCGCCGAGCCAGGCCAGGACAUGACCCUCACGUGCGAGACCUCCUCGAGCCUUCCGCCCGCCAGCAUCACCUGGCACUCGAAAGGGCAGAGGCAGGAGGGCGCAAUUGUUAGUCACACUCCAGGUGCAUUCGGGGGCACCGUGAGCAGGUAGGUGCUUUGUGUGAAUGCGGGGGUGGGGGGUGGAGUGGUGGGGGUGGGGGAUGCAUGACGCUCUGUGGGUAAGCUGGAAGAAAAUUCUGUUCCUGUGUAUUUUCCGGGUUUCUAUUCUUUUUUUUCUUCUCUUUUCUCGGUCUCUCUCUCUCUCUUUCUCUCUCUCUCACCUCCCUCCCACUUCUAUACUAAUUCUCUCCCUCUUUCUAGC